CGCAUUCAUUCUCGCGAGAAGGAAGACGCGCGAGCAUCUGCGGCCCGGAACCGGCCUUGGAACAACGGCGGAGCCUGAGGCUGCUUGCCCUCCCGCCCCAUGGAGCGGCCCCCGGGGCUGCGGCCGGGUGCGGGCGGGCCCUGGGAGAUGCGGGAGCGGUUGGGCACCGGCGGCUUCGGGAACGUCUGUCUGUACCAGCAUCGGGAACUUGAUCUCAAAAUAGCAAUUAAGUCUUGUCGCCUAGAGCUAAGUACCAAAAACAGAGAACGAUGGUGCCAUGAAAUCCAGAUUAUGAAGAAGUUGAACCAUGCCAACGUUGUAAAGGCCUGUGAUGUUCCUGAAGAAUUGAAUAUUUUGAUUCAUGAUGUGCCUCUUCUAGCAAUGGAAUACUGUUCUGGAGGAGAUCUCCGAAAGCUGCUCAACAAACCAGAAAAUUGUUGUGGACUUAAAGAAAGCCAGAUACUUUCUUUACUAAGUGAUAUAGGGUCUGGGAUUCGAUAUUUGCAUGAAAACAAAAUUAUACAUCGAGAUCUAAAACCUGAAAACAUAGUUCUUCAGGACGUUGGUGGAAAGAUAAUACAUAAAAUAAUUGAUCUGGGAUAUGCCAAAGAUGUUGAUCAAGGAAGUCUGUGUACAUCUUUUGUGGGAACACUGCAGUAUCUGGCCCCAGAGCUCUUUGAGAAUAAGCCUUACACAGCCACUGUUGAUUAUUGGAGCUUUGGGACCAUGGUAUUUGAAUGUAUUGCUGGAUAUAGGCCUUUUUUGCAUCAUCUGCAGCCAUUUACCUGGCAUGAGAAGAUUAAGAAGAAGGAUCCAAAGUGUAUAUUUGCAUGUGAAGAGAUGUCAGGAGAAGUUCGGUUUAGUAGCCAUUUACCUCAACCAAAUAGCCUUUGUAGUUUAAUAGUAGAACCCAUGGAAAACUGGCUACAGUUGAUGUUGAAUUGGGACCCUCAGCAGAGAGGAGGACCUGUUGACCUUACUUUGAAGCAGCCGAGAUGUUUUGUACUAAUGGAUCACAUUUUGAAUUUGAAGAUAGUACACAUCCUAAAUAUGACUUCUGCAAAGAUAAUUUCUUUUCUGUUACCACCUGAUGAAAGUCUUCAUUCACUACAGUCUCGUAUUGAGCGUGAAACUGGAAUAAAUACUGGUUCUCAAGAACUUCUUUCAGAGACAGGAAUUUCUCUGGAUCCUCGGAAACCAGCCUCUCAAUGUGUUCUAGAUGGAGUUAGAGGCUGUGAUAGCUAUAUGGUUUAUUUGUUUGAUAAAAGUAAAACUGUGUAUGAAGGGCCAUUUGCUUCCAGAAGUUUAUCUGAUUGUGUAAAUUAUAUUGUACAGGACAGCAAAAUACAGCUUCCAAUUAUACAACUGCGUAAAGUGUGGGCUGAAGCAGUGCACUAUGUGUCUGGACUAAAAGAAGACUACAGCAGGCUCUUUCAGGGACAAAGGGCAGCAAUGUUAAGUCUUCUUAGAUAUAAUGCUAACUUAACAAAAAUGAAGAACACUUUGAUCUCAGCAUCACAACAACUGAAAGCUAAAUUGGAGUUUUUUCACAAAAGCAUUCAGCUUGACUUGGAGAGAUACAGCGAGCAGAUGACGUAUGGGAUAUCUUCAGAAAAAAUGCUAAAAGCAUGGAAAGAAAUGGAAGAAAAGGCCAUCCACUAUGCUGAGGUUGGUGUCAUUGGAUACCUGGAGGAUCAGAUUAUGUCUUUGCAUGCUGAAAUCAUGGAGCUACAGAAGAGCCCCUAUGGAAGACGUCAGGGAGACUUGAUGGAAUCUCUGGAACAGCGUGCUAUUGAUCUAUAUAAGCAGUUAAAACACAGACCUUCAGGUGUCCUGAGACCAAAAAGUUGGAGAACUGCUUAUCUAGACUAUUCUCAGAAGCUUGGCUGCUCAGGAAAGAAGAGAGAUCACUCCUACAGUGACAGCACAGAGAUGGUGAAAAUCAUUGUGCACACUGUGCAGAGUCAGGACCGUGUGCUCAAGGAGCUGUUUGGUCAUUUGAGCAAGUUGUUGGGCUGUAAGCAGAAGAUUAUUGAUCUACUCCCUAAGGUGGAAGUGGCCCUGAGUAACAUCAAAGAAGCUGAUAAUACUGUCAUGUUCAUGCAGGGAAAAAGACAGAAAGAAAUAUGGCAUCUCCUUAAAAUUGCCUGUACACAGAGUUCUGCCCGGUCCCUUGUAGGAUCCAGUCUAGAAGGUGCAGUAACCCCUCAGACGUCAGUAUGGCUGCCCCCGACUUCAGCAGAACAUGAUCAUUCUCUGUCAUGUGUGGUAACUCCUCAAGAUGGGGAUACUUCAGCACAAAUGAUAGAAGAAAAUUUGAACUGCCUUGGCCAUUUAAGCACUAUUAUUCAUGAGGCAAACGAGGAACAGGGCAAUAGUAUGAUGAAUCUUGAUUGGAGUUGGUUAACAGAAUGAGUUGUCACUUGUUCACUGUCCCCAAACCUAUGGAAGUUGUUGCUAUACAUGUUGGAAAUGUGUUUUUUCCCCAUGAAACCAUUCGUCAGACAUCAGUCAAUGGAAGAAAUGGCUAUGAACAGAAACUACAUUUCUACUAUGAUCAGAAGAACAUGAUUUUGCAAGUAUAACAUUUUUGAGUAAUUUAAGCCUCUAAACUGACAGAAAUUUAUAAAAAGUCAAUGUACUUGUUUGAAUAUUUGUUUUAAUACCACAGCUGUUUAGGAGCAUCAUCAUGACACAUUUGUGCCUUCAAUCUUGGUGAAACAUUACUUAUUUAACUGAUUAAAAAUGCCUUUUAUGUAUUAGUUUCCACUUUUAACUGUUGGGCAUAAGGCCAGAUGUAGUUUUGUAUACAGAGAAGAAAACCUCAACUAAUAGGCAUUUUAAGUAAAAGUUGUCUAUGUUUUUUCUAAAAGGGCUGCUCACAAGUUUUAUUUCUUAAAGAAUAAAUUCUACCUCCUUGUGUUGCACUGAACAGGUGCUCUUCCUGGCAUCAUAAGGAGUUGGUGUAAUCAUUUUAAAUUUUACUGAAAAUUUAACAGUAUUCCCUUCUCACUGAAGGGAUUGUGUAUCUAUGCUUCUAAUAUUAGUUGGCUUUCAUAAAUCAUAUUGUUUUGUGUAUAUGUAUUUAAGAUGUACAUUUAAUAGUGUCAAAGAGAAGAUGCCUGUUAAUUUAUAAUGUAUUUGAAAAUUACAUGUUUUUUCAUUUGUAAAAAUGAGUCAUUUGUUUAAACAAUCCUUCAUGUCUUGUCACACAAAUUUAUAAAGGUCUGCAAUCCUUUAUCUGUAAUUGUAAUUCCAAAAUCCAAAAAGCUCUGAAAACAAGGUUUCCAUAAGCUUGGUGACAAAACUCAUUUGCUUGCAAUCUAAUCUGAACUGACCUUGAAUCUUUUUACCCCAUUUAGUGUGACUAUUCCUUUAUUUUGCUGCUUGAUGAUGAGAGGGAGGGCUGCUGCCACAGACUCUGAUGAGGGCUGGGUAAUGUAGUAUGGUAUAUGCACAAAAUUACUUUACUAAAAUCUAAAAUUUCUUAAUUCUGAAACAUCUUGCCCCAAGGGUUUCAGAUAAAGGACUGUGGACCUCUAUCAUCUGUUAAGUAAUUUAGAAGAUAUUAUUUGUCUUAAAAAAUGUGAAAUGCUUUUAUAUUCUAACAGUUUUUCACUUUGUGUAUUAAAUGGUUUUUAAAUUAC